AUGAAAGGAGGGCGAUCGUCCGAAAACAAGUUGACAGGCGAGGCAUUACUGGCUUGGGGCAUGGCCAUGAUGGGUUGUGCGGACCGCAACGGCAGGGACGUGCCAUUUAAGGCGGACGUGGAGGACGUGAUGGUGGGCAGCGAGUGCGUCGGCUGCGGGAGGGUCGGCAAGAGUGUCGGCGAGAAGGGUGUGGCUGAGCUGACGCCGGACGAAGUGAAGGACAUGUACUGCGAACUCCCGGUGUUCCUAAGUUGCGGCCGCGUUUCGUUCAGGUUAUACCUGGCGAUCGCGAUUGAAGUGGUCACUGAUUUGAUUGCUACGCAUCGCAGCAAGGGGGGUUCGAUUCCCUUAGUCAAAACGCUCAGCCAAAUAAUACUUCCCAUGCAGAUUCCCGUGGACCCGGUUGAUGUGAUCAAAGACAAGGUCGUGGCCAACACCCUCUCUCUCCGAACGAGGCCUCAGUUAUACUUCACAACAGACGCCCUGAAAACCACGGCCAGAACGAUUGAAAAAAUUGAGCCACAAGUCGGUGUCUCCAAGGGUGAAUCCCUGUCCAAGGAGGACAAGGAUGCCAUCCGCAAGGCCGUUGGAGCCGAGGACGUGAAAAAUUAUGAGGACUGGAGGCAAGACCUUCUUGCCGUGUACCGCAAAAUCUUCAAGACCGAGUACACGACGCAAACCUUUGUGAACCACAAGGCCCGUAACGAAUUGGCUUGGAUGAUUUCCAGCUGA